AAUAGCAAAAAAUUAAAAAUGAAGUUUCCACCUAAGAUUCCAAACAGAAAAACAAAAAGUAAAACAAAUAAGGGAGGAAUAACUCAACCAAACUUAAAUGACAGUUUGGAAAUUACCAAACUGGACUCUUCCAUCAUUUCAGAAGGGAAAAUUUCCACUGUCGUGCCACAGAUCCAGGCUUUUACGCUACAGAAGGCAGCAGCAGGUUUGAUGAGCCUUCUCCGUGACAUGGGGAAAGGUUAUUUAGCCUUGUGUUCAUACAACUGCAAAGAAGCGAUAAAUAUUUUAAGCCAUUUACCAUCCCACCACUACAACACUGGCUGGGUGCUGUGCCAAAUUGGGAGAGCUUACUUCGAACUUGCAGAAUAUAUGCAGGCCGAAAGAAUAUUUUCAGAAGUAAGGAGGAUUGAAAACUACAGAGUAGAAGGCAUGGAGAUCUAUUCCACUACGCUGUGGCAUCUGCAGAAAGAUGUUGCUCUCUCAGUUCUUUCAAAGGAUUUGACAGACAUGGAUAAAAAUUCACCUGAGGCAUGGUGUGCUGCAGGCAACUGUUUCAGCUUGCAACGAGAGCAUGACAUUGCAAUCAAGUUCUUCCAGAGAGCCAUUCAAGUUGAUCCAAACUAUGCUUAUGCCUACACCCUGUUGGGACAUGAAUUUGUGUUAACAGAAGAAUUAGACAAAGCAUUAGCUUGUUUUAGAAAUGCAAUCAGAGUCAAUCCUAGACACUAUAAUGCAUGGUAUGGAUUGGGAAUGAUUUAUUACAAACAGGAAAAAUUCAGUCUAGCAGAAAUGCAUUUCCAGAAAGCACUUGAUAUCAAUCCUCAGAGCUCAGUCUUACUGUGUCACAUUGGAGUAGUCCAGCAUGCACUGAAAAAAUCUGAAAAGGCUUUGGAUACUUUAAAUAAAGCUAUUAAUAUUGACCCCAAGAACCCGCUAUGCAAAUUCCAUAGAGCUUCUGUAUUAUUUGCAAAUGAAAAGUACAAGUCUGCUUUACAAGAACUUGAAGAACUGAAACAGAUUGUUCCCAAAGAGUCUCUUGUUUACUUUUUAAUAGGAAAGGUUUAUAAAAAACUGGGUCAAACACAUCUGGCCCUAAUGAAUUUCUCAUGGGCAAUGGACUUAGAUCCCAAAGGAGCCAAUAACCAGAUUAAAGAGGCCAUUGAUAAACGUUACCUUCCAGAUGAUGAGGAGCCAAUUACUCAAGAAGAGCAAAUCAGUGAAUGUUACCCCUAUGAAUCAGUUGGAACAGACGAAUCCCAAGAGAGCAGCAUGACAGAUGCAGAUGACACGCAGCUCCACGCAGUUGAAAGUGAUGAAUUUUAACCUCUAAAAGCCAGUAUCUGAGCUUGAGUGUGUGACUGGUACUGUUGUGUUCUCCCCUUCCUUCGCAUCCUGGGUCUUCACAUCACUGAGCCAGCAUUGUCAUUAUUCUCCACUGACACCACGAGUACACCUCUCAGACCUAAACUGUACGCAGAGUUAAUGGCAGUGCAAUAUUCAGCUGCUACUGAGUCUGACUAGUUGGCUCUUACACAUUUAUGAAAGUGACUGAGGAGGAAAUGCUGUUUUUUUGUACUCCCCUUUGCUGGAAAAAUAUCAUGGAAGAAAGACUUGUGGUUUGCUGUAACGAAGCCAGUAGAUGUGGGGAUAGUACUAAUGAAGCAGUGUCUUGUUCUAUUUUUAUUUUUUUUCCAGAAAUGUGUCUUAGUUUGGUUCUUUCUUGGUAAAGCAGAGUGCUGAACCUCAUUUCCAAGUUCAUCAAGGACAGUGUUGACAAAUGCAGGCUGUUAAAAGACUUUUGCAUAUUGUAGUGUAACUUAAAUACCAGGGAAUGUGAAUGACCUUAAAGCUGCAGUGUCUCCAGUGAACAAACACGAUGCACAUGCUCAGGACUAGGAGUGUGUUGGACAGCGUAAAAUAUCCCCUGUCCCUACUUAGAGUGCAAACUUGCAGGAGUGGAAACGUAGCAGGAGAAUCACAUUGCAGAAUCAAAGCUUUCAUUAAAUGCUUUCAUCUUCUAACCAAGAAUUAAUUUAUUCACCUAGUUUCUGAAAGGUCAGUGUUUACUUUGUACUUUAAAGAGACAAGUCAGCACCAUCUUGUUUUAUUUUUCAUAUACCCCUUGACUUGUUCUUCCCCUUUUAAGAAUAAAAAACUAAUAAAGGGCAAAAUCAAGAGAGAAAUGUAGAUACAACUGUAAUGUGAAAACAUCAGACCCUUAAUCCAGAGUGACUGUGUGUUUCUAAGCUGAUAGACUGGGAAGACCGAGGAAGCCUUAAUACAAUCAGAACCUUACAGUCAAACGCAUCAAUUGUCUAAGAUUAGUGUUAUUUUUAGAACUGUUUUGUAAAGUGUGGUCCAAGCAGGAUGCAAAAAUGUGCAAUUAUCUGUCUUUCACUUUUUUUUUUAAACUGUUCUUUAAGAUUCUCACUCUAGGAACACUUUCGUCUUCUACAGAGCCUGCUUCUGUGAGAAGAAAGCUACGCCACUUAAUGAGUCCAAAACUAGCUUUGUAGCCUUCUGCUGCAACAAUUGGUGCCCUUUGUGCAGUGAUGAUAAAGUGUAUGAUAUGAGCAGUUUUAAAGAGCAAUUUAUGCAUAAUAAAUUGGGAAUGAUAUAAAUUUCAUAGCAACAUA